UUAUCAUUAGGAUAUUAAGUUCAUCCCUUGACGCUCGUUACUGAGUUGUGAGGACCUGUCCUGUUUCCUCCGCUCUUACUACGACAGCCAAACUUUGGUGCCGGGCCAAUCAUUUCCCAGGAAAAUGUGACUGCUAGGAAUUCCCCACGCAUCAGCCCCUGUCGGAGAAAACUGCAACCCUGUGUCAGGAAGCACACGAAUGUAGCGGGAGGGCAAACUGACCGGUGACUGUGCGAUGAUGUAGCUGAGCUCACAGUCCCGUUUAUCUCCGAGCCAGCACCGGGGGAUAAAAAAUGUUUUUUUAAACAUCGCCGUUGCUUUAUGUGGAUUGCCACUCACCGCCUGCGUGAAUCCAGGGAAUAUACUGUGCUGAUGACAACUUCUACCAAGGUGUAGAUGCUCCAGGCGCAGCGGGACCCAGCCUCUGUGUCAGAGAGGGACGAGGCUGCUCCCACCUGGGCCACAGUGCUCCUCUGAAAAUCAGCUCGAGGUCUCUCUCUCCAAGCACUAAGCGACCAGAUUAGAGAAUAGGAGGACGACAGGGAAGCCAUUUUGUGAGGUGAAGCUGAGUCCGUGCAGAGAAGCAGCCAGGAGUAGUCGUAGCCAGGAUAUUUCGGGCUGCUCCCUGCCCUCUGAACUCCACUGUCAUGACGACUGCAGUACAGCCCAGCGAACUGGUGUUUGAAUUUGCCAGCAACGGGAUGGACGAAAUCAAUCAGGUGUGGAGUUAUCUCAUCCCCACACCCGUGUCUGAAUCCUGUGGAGCAGGCUUGAUUCUGGACGACCCGUCAGUAUUCCCAGCGGUGAUUGUUGAGCAGGUGCCUGCAGCCGAUCUGCUGCAGGUCUAUUCAGGCCUGGAGUCCGAUGAGGUGACCAACGGCAUCAUGGUGGACACCACUCUCCAUGUCGUGGAGGAACCUUCCAUCAUCGGGGUGGACCUCACGGAAAGAACAGGAUCAGGCGCAGAGGACAGCAUGGAGACAAAUGAAGCUGCAGCAGCUCUUCUUAAUAUGGAGUCUCCAAACAACAUUUUGGACGAGAAGCGUAUGAUUCACACAUAUGGCACUCUGCUGGAAUCAGAUUUGGCAUACACCCCUCUGAGACCUGACCAGAUGGAUAAUAGUGCCCUUGACAUGUCCCUAGACGAGGAUACUUCAUCCAUGGACGAGAUACCCCAAAAGUGUCCCUUAAAACCUCAGAAAAAAAACAAAGUGCGGAAGCCGCGGGCAGUGCGUCCCUGCUCUCCAAUCACCACCCCUAACCUGCCACUCAGGAAGAAGAGCAAAGAGGGCAAAGGCAACACAAUCUACCUGUGGGAAUUCCUUCUGGCUUUACUACAGGAUAAAAACACCUGUCCCAAAUACAUCAAGUGGACACAGCGGGAGAAAGGCAUCUUUAAGCUGGUGGACUCCAAAGCUGUUUCAAAGCUGUGGGGCAAACACAAGAACAAGCCUGACAUGAACUAUGAGACAAUGGGAAGAGCUCUCAGGUACUACUAUCAGAGAGGCAUCCUGGCUAAAGUGGAGGGGCAGCGGCUGGUCUAUCAGUUUAAGGAGAUGCCAGCUGAUCUGGUGGUGAUCGAGGACGAAGACACGAGCUCUGACGGCAACGGCGGCUACGGAAAUCAAAGAUCUACUAAUGGACGGUCUAUGGUCCGCGGAGGAUCCAGAGGGCACGGGAGGGCUCAUGGUCAUCACCACGUCUCAGUGAAGCAGAUGAAGAAGGAGCCUAAUGAUGAAUAUAUAUACCAGGAAACCAAUGGCGGACAGAAUGAGCAGAUCCUUCAGUCUGUCCAUAUGUUGCAGGCCAGCCAAGGGUCGAUUGUUCACGAUCCAACACAAGCUAUAAGGACCAUCACUGCUCCGGCAUCAGUUCCUAUGGUUCUGACAUCUUCUGGCUCGCUUCAGUCUGUUCCCCUCACCAGUGUUCUGGCCAAUGGGGACUCCAGCCACUGCUCCCCACCUCGGGUUAUUCUCCACACCAUGCCCUCCACCACAGCAGGUGGAAAAGAUGUGCUCACCAUCCAGACGGCCUCUCUGGCAGGCGCAGCCAGCAGCCUGCAAGACGGCCUCGGCACUCAGCAACUCCUGGUCACCAGUCUAAGCUCCCCUACUGUCUCCACGUCCUCCUCCUGCACUUCCCCUCCAGGAGUUAUUAGUUCCACCGCUUCCAACAUCAAUGGUCUCCCUCGUCUGGUCACCAUCAACACAACCUGUGGGCAGACCAUGGUGGCACAGCAGCCCGGCACCGUAAUUGCCACUGUGCUCAAAUCCAGCGACCUCUCUGGGCUGCAUGUCAAAGAGGAGCUGCUGGACCCCAGCUACUUCCAGUCGAUGGUGAACGGUGAUCCAUCACUGGCGGCAAAUACGUUUGAGAAAGAAGAGAUUGAGAUGGGGGAAGCAGAGCUGCAAUAUAGGACAGUGAUCAUUGAUACCAGUCAGAGCCAGGCCCAUGAUGCUGUGAGUGAAACUAUAAUUAAUGGACAUUCCUCCCAGAGCAGCAGUCCUAGUGAGGGCUUGACCCCUGUAGAGGAGCUGGAAGUGCGUGGGGAGAUGUCCCUGCAGCCUGAGCAGGGAAUUAAAGGCCUGCAGGAGCUGCCACUGUCUGUCCAAUUGCCUGCAAACUUUAUCCAGAUAAAGACAGAGCCUGCAGAGGCUUAGGCCUGCAGGACUCCUCCACACAAGCUGAACCAAAAACAAACCAUUGAAUCCAUUUUGACCGCAGACUCGAUUUAUUCUUUUCCUACCACAGUGAUCUGAUCAGAUCAGACUGUGGGAUCUUGUUCUUAAAGGUUGGUCAGUUCAGCCUCAGGAUUUAUUGUUUACUCACAUAUUAUGUGACCAUGUGCCUAAUUUUAAAAAUCAAGGGAGUGUUUAAUUUUUCUAAGGAGUCACUUUUCAGAUUUGGGAUUAUUUUCCUUAGACAUUAAGCCCGACACACACAGAUACAAACACACAGGAAAGUACAUAUAUACGCACACAUGAAACACAAGCUCCCCCUAUAGGAGAACAGCCAUUGGAUAAACCAGGGAUCCCUGUCUACCAAAUGUGCCAGUUAGUAAUUUUCUUUCCUCACAUCUCAUUGGACUGUGUUUAAAGAGGAGAAUGCAACAAACCAAAACUGGGAACUGAAUGCCAAAUGGUGCAAUGAAAUCAGACUUCUGAGAACGUGCAGAGGGUCUUUGUAUGUGUGUGUAUGUGUUUUUUUUCCAACCACAUACAAGUUUCUGUUCCCUUGGACGAGGGAUGGAUGCUGUGUCACGGUGAAGAACACAUCUCAGAGUUUAAUUGAAGAGUGCCUUACAGGAAGUUCAAACAGCUCAAGACUCUUUCUUUGAAAUGUCUGGGGAAAAAGAUGAAAAACGGACUAAAUGGCUUUUUCAGACUUUCAGACAUCUAAGAACUUAUUACUCAUUUAUUUUCAUAUAAACAAAAAAAAGUUAUGCAUUCACUCUCUAUUACUCCUGGCCUUAAAACACUGUUACUAUGGAAAUGGGCAUUUUCUGUCCACCAAGGACAGUCCAACAUCAAAACUGUUUGUAUAGAGCUGCAGACCGGAGGCACAGCAAGAUAGGGAGGCACAAAUGGAGAGAAAGAAUAUGCAGGAUAAAACAGAUUUUAUCAGCCUCUGCUUCGGAGGCACCGAGGUUUAAAUCCUGUUUAUAUGAAAUGGAAUUAUAUAUAUAUACAUAUAAUAUACAAUUGAGAUUCAAUUUUAAGGCCAUAGCAAAUUUAUUUAUUUUGUGAAUUUCUAAAUUCUGUAUAAAAAAGGCACAUUUGUCGUCUAUUUACAUGUGUAAACAUGAGGGAAAAUACAAUAUGAAUAUGAACGUUAAUACCAGGAAGCUUAUUUGGUAGUUUUUUUAAGACCAAUAUUUUUCUUUUGUAUAGCAUUCCAUAUAAUCAGCUUUGGUAUUUUCUUGAGUUUUGAACUCAGCAUCAUUAUUCCACUGUUAUAUUCUCUUAUUGUAGAUACGGUCUGUUGUGUGUCUGAUUUGAUCAUGUACUGAAUGUGCUUUGUUUCCUUUUCAGCAGACAUACCUCUCUACCUUUUUCAGCAGUUAAACAGUCAGGACUAUGCAUUCAAAAAUAAUCCGUGUACUGCAUAAAGACUCAAAUGUAUUAAUCAGUAUGUCUUUGAAAUCAUAUCUCAAGUUUCUUUAGUUAUUUGGUACAAAAAUGUACCAGCGCUGUUUUUAAAGCUCCUCUCCUCUCGUCUCCUCUGACCUUGCCUCCUCUCCUUUCUUUUCCUCUCACCUUGUCUACUCUCGUCUCUCUCCUCCUCCUCUUCGUCUUCUUCUUCUUCUUCUUUUUCUUCUCCUGCUCUCGGGUCAGUCCAGUCUGUGCCUUCUUUAUUUGCUGCCCUACUUUGUUAAGGACCUCUCAGGCCAGCCAUGCGAUUGGCCCCUCGGCCCUGCUGGGGAUGAAGCCAUAUUGAUCCUGAGUGGUAUCGCAGCUAAAUUGGUUGUAUUUUCCACCCAGACUGUGGCUGCAGAGUGAGGACAUUCAGACAUACUGACCUCCAUCCACACUGGCACCUAAGGACAGGAGUUAAACGCUGCUUUACAACCCCAUAUCUGCCAAAGGGCUCUGGGUCUGCAAAGACACUCUGAAUGUAUACUUAUUGUUUAAGUACAUGCUUAUGCAAAUUUUUGACAAUCAAUAAUUACACUGGGUUACAUUUCCAUCAGAAUUUGUUAGUCUUUGAGUGGGGAUUUGCUUUUUUUUUUUUGCAUUGUAUAUAUUCCCGUAUCUGCUCUGCGUUUUCCUUUAAAGCGCUGUUGUCUGUGAGAUGUUGAGGUAUGUCCACUGCUUAUGUUUUGUUGCUUCUCUUGUCUUGGGUUGUCAAUUGCCUCCCUUAUGCUGAAUAUAGAAUAGAUUUUUAAGAAAAAGUCAAUGUACUAAUUAAAAAACAAAAUCUGCUUCACUGAA